UUUUGCAGAAUAGUUUUAAAAGGCACAGUCGCGUUGUAGACGAGGAUACUGCCCAAGGAAGUGCCAAAUGCCAAGACUAGAGGAACACUGUUGGAGCUGCUCCUGUUCAACCAGUGUAAAGACGAAGGACCUGUCAAGCGCCAGCUGGAUUGCUUGUAAAACGGGUGAAAUGAUGUCCAUCAUAACCUCAGUGCUGAGCCACGCAUACGGCUCUCUGCACAGCCUCCAGUCCGCUAAUUUAAUUCGACGGGGGCUUGUAUUGUUUCUCGUUGGAGUAGUUCUCGCCUUGGUGUUAAACUUGCUACAGAUCCAGAGAAACGUUACAUUGUUCCCAGAGGAAGUGCUGGACACGCUGUUUUCUUCCGCCUGGUGGAUCCCCCUCUGCUGCGGCACAGCUGCUGCUGUGGUUGGUCUGUUGUACCCCUGUUUGGAUCGCCAUCUCGGAGAGCCACACAAGUUUAAACGGGAGUGGGCAAGUGUGAUGCGCUGCAUUGCUGUUUUUGUGGGCAUCAAUCACGCCAGUGCUAAACUGGACUUUGCCAAUAAUGUGCAGCUUUCAUUAACUCUGGCUGCCCUGUCUCUGGGCCUGUGGUGGACGUUUGACCGCUCCAGGAGUGGCUUUGGUUUAGGGCUGACCACUGCUCUUCUAGCCACUCUCAUUGCUCAGCUGCUGGUCUACAAUGGCAUCUACCAGUAUACGUCUCCAGACUUCUUGUAUGUACGUUCGUGGCUGCCUUGUAUAUUCUUCUCUGGUGGAGUGACAGUAGGAAAUAUCGGCCGACAGCUAGCUAUGGGCUCGACUGAGAAGCCUCAUAAUGACUAAGCGGGUGUCAGAGGUCAUGAAAUGAGCUCCGAAGAGUGCCAAAAAAGAGGGCGUGCAAACUGAGACUAUAUUGGGUGUCCCUGGUUUCUGUCCAAGCGUAACUUCUGCUCUUAAUUUUGCUCCUCUUUAUAAUGAUACAAGAAAACAAAAGAGCGGGUUGGUCUGAGAUGGCCCGGUGUGCCAUGAACAGCACCUUCGAACACCCCUGGCAUCCAUUACUACCAUCAGCGUCGUCAUUGUUACAGUUCCUUGCAGUAGUGUUACUGGUAACAUCAGUCUUAUUACCAGGUUGCUGGACUGCCAAUAUAGGACUGUACAAAAUCAUAGCUUGGUGAAACUUUGUGUAUACAAAUGAGUGUGUGUGCUGGUCCUAUGUCUAAGACUAGGGAAAAAAGGUGGUGUGGAAGUGCACUUUUUUGUGUGUGUUUUACUUUGUGCUGGAGAACUGAAAGAGAAAUCAAAGGGAAAAAAAUUCAAGACUGUGCAAAAUAUCCAAAGAGGUCUGUGUACUGUCUAUAUAGGAUUUGUUGUAGUUUAAUUUUGGAAAAAACCUGCAGCAUUGCGAGACUCCCAUACAGACUGACCGCCUUGAGUGUUAUUAUGAGUUCCAGAGAGGUUUGAUUGCCAAUUACAUUUGUGCAGGCUGGUUAGUGUAGUAUAUUGACUGAAUUUAUCAUAUUUUUGUCAUACUUUGUUGCUAACGCAGACCAAAAGUAAAACUAGAAACAUUAGUUGUCGAGAAAUGAAGUGGCACCUUGAAAUAAAAGUCAAACAUAAGUUAAAACAUCAAGGAUGCCUAUUUGUAUUAAUGUAAACUCAUAGAAUCAUUUGAAAUGGUGUAAUGAAGUCCAUUUAAAGGUUGGAAGGCCUCAAAGGUUUGCAAUCUGUGAUUGCCUUUGUAUUAUAGAAUUAAGUGCUUUUGUCACUUGUUCUCCAGUACAGUCAUUUUUCUUUUUCUUUGUACUUCAUUUAUUGUGUAUUGCUUAUCACCUGUAGCGGCUUCUAUAGCUAAUAUGAGAGGUAUCACCGGGCUAGUGUGUAGGUUUGGGGAUCUCAGCAAAUUAAGUGCAAUCAGUUUCUUUGAGCCUGGUAUUUUCAUAUUUAUUACUUUUUACAAUGUUAAGGUACCCCAGACGACUCAUAUGCAGUAUAGCAACAAACCAGCAAUAAAUAAUUUGUUCUUGCGUAUAUGUGAAGGUGUAGUAUGACCGCAAACUCAUUUUUAAAAGAAGUCACGCACAAAAGAUAAUCUUGCAAAUGAUACCAAUGACCAUUUCCACUGUUCUGAAAAGAAAACAACAACAUGUUUUUCUUUGUCUUUACUAGCAGUAGUAAGUUGAAGAAAAAUCAUUUUAAGCAAAAUGCUGUAUUUUAGGAACGUUAGAAGAAGAACAUGAGGGAAAUGUUUUAAAACCAUGAUAAACGUUGCUCUCAGGAGUAACAGGCUCUGUCUGAACCUCUCUGCUUCAGGGAAUGAGAGAUGUAAAACUGAAUGAAAGCUUUAUUUAAAGGGGAGAGAGAAAUGCAAUUAUGUGUUUCUAGGAGUGAGUGCAUGUGUCUUUAACACUUUGGUUCAUUAUAUUGUUUUAGGUUCAAUGAUGAAUGAAAUUCAAUAAAAAUUGUGUGUUGUACAACA